AUGGAGAAAAAAACAAUUGAAAUGAAAUUCUUCAUUCUUCUUCUCGUCCUUGCAGUUGCAGUCACACUUGCAUCCGCAACUAACGGUUUGGUGCCUAAUUGGGAUGGGAGAAAGUUUUGUUCGACUAUGGUUUGCAAAAUGGGAAUUGGGGAUGCAUUCUGCACUGAGGAUUGCAUCCCUCGUGGGUGGACCAAUGGUCAAUGCGAUCAUCUUCCUGGUAUAACGGGUGAUACUGGAAACUGUUGUUGCUGGACUCCUUGA